AUGCAGAUUCAGGAUGAUCCUUCCUUGAAGUGGCCAUCGAAGCUGAAAUCUGAUCCCUUAAGAAGGCCUCGAGACAAAUAUUACAGGUUUCAUAGAGAUCAUGGGCAUAUCACGGAGGAUUGUAUCGACUUAAAAGAUCAGAUUGAGAAUUUGAUUCGAAGGGGUCACCUGCGAAGGUUCAUGGCGGGAGAUGAUAGACGAGGUACUAAUCCUGCGCAAGGGAGGUGGGACAAUCAUCCACCAGAACAACAACCAGUAGGUGAGAUCAGAGUCAUAUCUGGAGGGUAUACAGGAGGAGGUGAAACAGCCACGGCCCGAAAAACAUACACAAAAAGAGCAAGAGCAGAGGUGAAUGAGGUGGGAAUGUUCAACUCUCCAUCAAAAACACUAAGGUAUAUUGAUACUACCAUUAUGUUUUCUGAGGCUAAUGCUAAAGGGAUCCAGCAACCCCAUGAUGAUCCUCUGGUUGUCUCUAUGGUCAUAGCUAACUACACCAUAAGGCGUAUACUUAUUGACAAUGGGAGUUCAGCUGAUAUAAUAUUUUCCCAUGUAUUCGACCAAAUGAUGAUAGGCCGGGAAAGGUUACGACACAUGAAUUCUCCUCUCGUGGGGUUUUCAGGAGAUAAGGUGUAUCCAUUGGGAGCAGUUACCCUUCCAGUGACUACAAGAACCAGCCCAAAGCAAGUCACUUUUAUGGUUGAUUUUAUAGAGGUGGAUUGCCCUUUAGCGUAUAAUGUUAUUCUUGGGAGGGCAACCCUAAACUCUAUUAGAGCCAUUACUUCGACUUACCACUUCCUCAUGCGUUUCCCAACAGAGCAUGGGGUGGGUGAGUUGAGGGGUGACCAAGCCACCACUCGUGAAUGCUAUCUCACUUUUCUUAGAGAAAAGAUGUCCCAGGAAACUAUGAUAAUUGAAAGGUUAGAGGUAAGAGAUUAG